AAGGACUCCUAUAAGCACACAGGAAUACCUUACGGAUUUUAAAUAUUUUCAGCUUGUGUUUAUACAAUGACUCCACUAUUUCUUCAAUUAAGCUCUUUUGGGAAUUGAGCUCUUCUUGCAAACAUUUAUGCAUUUUGGAUACAGUUUUUUUUUUUUUUUUUGGAAUAUUGACCUUCCGUUUCUUCUCUUACAUGUGGAUGUAACUUUUGUUUGUUUUUUAAUCCUACUCUACGAGUUGUUUCGUUUAUAAAAACAACACCAUGGAGCUUUCUUUGAGAAUUCAUCUAUUAACAGCUUUUGUGUCAUGUAUUAAGGUUUAUGCUGAUGUGGUGCAGGCUAUGAAGCAUCCAGGCUUGCAGGUGUUGUCCACGGCCUCGCAUUAUUGGCCCCUAGAUGCCGUGGAUGGGAUACACGGCCUGUCGGACCAGAUUGGAAAAAGACCAGGUUAUGUUAACGGAAGUCAUAUAACUCUCAGAAUCCACAACCAUACUGUGCUCCCUUCCUCCCAUAACACUUCCUAUGUGUAUACCAAUGACUCCGCCUACACUAACAUUUCUGCGACAGUAGAUAUUGUCGAAGGAAUGGUCAACAAGGGCAUUUUUCUAAAGGGAGAUGUUGGCGGUACUUUCCUCCACUUUGGAAACUACCAGAACUCUUGCAUUAGUGACCCCACUCUGUGUGGCCCUGACGGAAUUACCUUUUCCUUUUUUUGGAAGAACCAUGAAGCAGAAUCACGUUUUGCUGUAGCAUCUGGAGGGAAAGUCAUCUCUAAUGGCUUCUCUGUCUACACCAACCCCCUCGGAGGAUAUGUGGAGUUCUACACUCGCGGCAACAACCACAGAUGGAAAGCCAAUAUUGGAGUUCCAGGGCCUUACUGGACGCAUAUUCUCUUCACAUGGAAAAAGACUGCAGGUCUGAUGGUUUAUAUCAACGGAACCUUUACUGCUGGCGAUGAAAGUGGCAGUGUUUCUGAAAACUAUGGUGACCCCUACCCGGAUCUUGUCAUUGGAACUGGCAACGACAGGGCCUAUGGUCACUAUGUAACAGGAGCCUUUGAUGAGUUUGUCAUCUGGGAACGAGCUCUUUUGCCGAGUGAGAUAUUUCUCUACUACAGUGCUGCUAUGGGUCAUGUGUUAGAGUCUGCCACAACACAGAGCAUCCUUAAGGAACUACCGUUCACUACGACAACAGCGAGAGCCACUGAAAUGAGUCCUCCUGUUGUCAGCAGUGUGCACGAGGAGGGCCAAAGCUCCCAGGAUUCAGAGUCCAUGCCAGUGUUGUACUUUCUCAAGGCUCUACCCAACAGGACCAUUCCUCACAACACAGCCAGCAACCUCACACAGGCGUUUCUCAAAAAUGUGGAAGAAGUGCUGUCUUCUCCUGGGUUACCAGAGCAGUCCGGCCCCGUGGUCAGCGGUUUGAUCGAAACCGUGGACCGAGUAAUGGACCUCAUGGUGGCUAACUUGGAGCCCAGCCCAAACUCUCUCAUCUCCCUGGGAGGGACAUCAUUUGUUGCAGAUUACUCCCUGAUGAAAUUGCCACAUAGCUACAACUUGCCACAUUACCGCUUCCCUACACAAGGAAAGAACUACAUCUCCGUACCCGGGGAGGCUUUCACCAUGCUGUCUCAAACCACCAUUGUUGGCCUCUUCUACCACAACGUGCACAGCUACUACAAAGAAAUCAGGCCCGUUGAGACCAGGAUUGACGAAGCUGCGGACUUCAAGGAUCAUAAAAUCCAGGUUGCAAGCUGCUUAAUCUCUCUGAACGUGGAGCCGUCCCCGGCCUUGUCGGUCAACCUCUCAGGGGCGCCUCUCAUCAAGAUCGUUCUGACCCACGUUUUGAAUGAAGAACAGCAGGAACAAGUGCUGAAUCAGAGCAAUAAAGUCUUCCUGUAUUGUGCCUUCCUGGACUAUAGUUCCAAGGAGGGUGUGUGGUCCAAUCAAGGUUGUGUGCGCUCAGAUGGAAACAUGACGUACUCUGUGUGUUUGUGCAACCACCUCACUAACUUUGCCAUCCUAAUGCAAGUGGUCCCUUUGAAGCUCACAACAGGCCAUCAGGUGGCACUGUCAACCAUUGGCUAUGUCGGCUGCUCCAUUUCCAUCUUCUGUCUGGCCAUCACUCUUGUUACUUUUGCAGUCCUGUCGUCUGUUAGUACCAUCCGCAACCAGCGCUACCACAUCCAUGCCAACUUGUCUUUUGCCAUCCUGGUGGCUGAGAUCCUGCUGCUCAUUAGCGCCAGCUUCGACCCGGGCACGCUGCCUUGUAAGAUCAUGGCUGUCCUGCUUCACUUCUUCUUUCUGAGCGCAUUCGCCUGGAUGCUCGUGGAGGGUCUUCACCUCUACAGCAUGGUGGUCAAGGUGUUUGGCUCGGAGGGCAGCAAACACAUCUACUAUUAUGGCAUCGGUUGGGGCUCUCCCCUGGUGAUCUGCGUGGUGUCCAUGACAUCAGCUUUGGACAGUUACGGCGCGGUUGACAACUGCUGGCUGUCCUUGAAGAAUGGCGCCAUUUGGGCAUUUGUGGCUCCAGCUCUGUGUGUCAUUGUGGUAAACAUUGGCAUUUUGAUAUCGGUGACCAGAAUCAUUUCUCGUAUCAGCGGAGAGAAUUACAAAGUUCAUGGGGAUGCCAAUGCAGUCAAGCUCACUGCAAAGGCUGUAGCAGUGCUCCUGCCCAUACUCGGCAUUUCCUGGAUCUUUGGCGUUUUAGCUGUCAACACACACUCCCUGCCAUUCCUUUAUAUCUUUGCAGUCUUUAACUCUUUGCAGGGUUUUUUUGUCUUCCUGUUCCAUUGCCUUCUUAACUCAGAGGUCAGAGCUGCGUUCAAACACAAGACCAAGGUGUGGUCCCUAACCAGCAGCUCCAUGCGGAACAUCAACGUGAAGCCAUUCAACUCUGACAUCAUGAACGGACACAAAGAGGGCGUAUCCCCGACUAAGAUGAACACAUGGGACAAAAGCACCAACUCCGGCAAUCGUAUUGACCUCUCGGCAGUAUAGACAGACGUUGGCCAGAGUAUCUCCACACUAUUCCACAUGGCCAAUCCUAGUCUCAAGUGAAAGGGAUCGCCAAAAGAGGCGACGUGCGGUUCCACCUUUGACGACAAACAGACUUUUACUGUGCUUUACUAGCAUCUCGUUAAAUACCAGGUUGAGUUCUGACGGCAGUGAGGUCACAGAGAGCGUAAGAGCGUCAUUCCACCUGACUGAGAUGCUCUGUGCAGAGCUGGAGCAUUGGUGCGCAGCAUCUGCUUUAUUUAAAUUGCAGUGUUUUAGCGUUGUUUGGGGUUUGUUUUAACACACCGGCGUCCACACAAAUAGAUAUGUUUUGCACUGCAGAGUAAACUCACUCCAGUAACCCAAGUCACAGUUUUUUGAAGCAUCACAGCACAGUAAACCGCAAAAUAAGGCACCACGACCACCUAGUAAAUCGGACAAUAUGUUAUUCUAAUAUGAUGUAUUUAUUUUGUGAUUCUAUGUUUAGCAAUUCUUCUGUUUUGUGUGUGUUUUGUUUCUGAGCAGUACCUCACAUCUUGGCAGGAUGCAGUAUGGUAUGUUCUCUUAGGGGUAGUGAAUAAUUGUGUGUUUUGGACACAGUUCUGUGAAGUUUUAUUGUGUCUCUGGCUUUUUCCUUUUGUAUAUUGAAAUGUUCUAUCUACAACAGAAGGUCAUAAUGAGAUAUUUGUUUGGAUGACUGUGAGAAUGAAAGAAGAUGGCAUCUGCGUGUCGUUGAUCUAACACUGUACAAACAGCAGGAUUCAGAAGAAAAACAGGAUUUACUGUAAGUCUCUGUGCAUUUACAUUUUAUGACGGUUUUUAAGUUAAAACAUGGCAGAAUUUCAACACUUGUAUUGGCUCUUUUCUUAUGGUACCAUGGUUUGUGCUUCCAAUUGUCUUUAAUAAAUUGCU